AUCGUAAUAUAGGAACAAGUAGGUGGGAAUCAUGGAUUUACUUAUUGUUAGUGAUGACUCAUGACGCAAGUCAAAUCAAAUGCCUAAGAAAAUAUGGCGGUGAUAGAGGCACGAUCGGUGGUGAUACUUUUUUGAUAUUAGCUAAAGUAUAUAUUUUCUUUAAGGUUACUGUGUGAUCCUUUCUAUCGUGAUUAUCAAGUUGGACAAUAAAACGUCAAAAUGAGUUUCUUCAGCAAAGUAUUUGGUGGUAAAAAGGAACCAGUUGCACCAUCAACGGCCGAGGCUAUUCAAAAAUUGCGUGAAACCGAGGAUAUGCUGAUUAAGAAACAAGACUUUCUUGAAAGCAAAAUUGAACUUGAAAUUCAAACAGCGAAAAAAAAUGGAACGAAGAACAAGAGAGCGGCUAUCCAAGCUCUCAAAAGAAAAAAGCGUUAUGAAAAGCAGCUACAACAAAUCGAUGGUACUUUGUCAACGAUUGAAAUGCAAAGAGAAGCUCUGGAAAGUGCCAACACAAAUACUGCGGUACUUACCACCAUGAAAAGCGCAGCGGAUGCAUUAAAAUCUGCUCAUCAACACAUGGACGUCGAUCAAGUUCACGAUAUGAUGGAUGAUAUUGCUGAACAACAAGAUGUUGCUAAAGAGAUUUCUGAUGCAAUAUCUAAUCCUGUAGCAUUUGGUCAAGAUAUAGAUGAAGAAGAACUUGAAAAAGAACUAGAAGAACUUGAACAGGAACAACUUGAUAAAGAAUUACUUGGUAUCGAAUCUACAGAUGAAUUACCAGCAAUACCUGCUACAACUGUUCCAGCUGUUCCAUCUGCUCCUGCAAGAACUCGUACAAAAGCUAAACCAGAGGAAGAUGAGGAUUUAAAAGAAUUAGAAGCAUGGGCAUCGUAAUUAAAUUGUAUGUCUAAAAAAAAGUAUUGCAGAUUAUUAAUCUGUACAUUGGUGAUUUUACAAAGUAAUAGCUUCAACAUCUAAUAUAGGUACUUUCCAUCAAUUAUUUUGAAAUUCCUAUUUACUAUAUUUUUAUUUUUUUCAUGGAAAUGUUAAAAAGGAGAAACAACAAACAAAAAUCUAUAUAAAAUCAAUUUGCUAUUAUAGAUUCAUAGCUUGUAAUUAUAACAUUGAAGCGGAAUGUGCUUUGUAGUUUUUUCUUUUAUAUAUAUAUAUAUAUUGAGUAAUUAUUAUUAUGGUACCAACUAAUAUAUAAACAAGUUUCUUAUCGCUAUGGUAGCUCAUUCUUUUGUAUAUAAGUGAUAAUUUAAAUAAUAGUUUCAAAAACAAAUGCUUGCAGCAUUUCUAUUGUUCAUAAUAAAUAGAGUUUUAUUAUAUGGAUAUAAUUACUA